AAUUCUCCACUCUACAUAGGACCACGCCAUCGAAAGUUAACUAAAUCUUAAGAAAAUUCGCAAUGUUUCGUGUGCACUGCAACAAGUGCUCGAAGAGACGCGAUAUCGAGCCGACCAUUCCAUUCCAAUUGACGCGAUGCCAUCACAUUAUCUGCGGCACCUGUCUCGCAGCCUAUGCUGCCGAAAAGAAGUGCCCAAUGUGCGGGCACCAACUGCAGACAAUCAACAUUAGUCGGGACAUGCCCAUCAGUGUGGCUAACUACUUUCAGGAUCCCACCAAAUUUCUCCAGCUCUACCGGAAGAUAAGCAAGUUCCAGAGCGAGCAAAGAGCAUUCGACAACCUUAAUUUCUUGCGCAGAGAAGAGCGAUAUAACGACUUGCAUCUGAAGCUGGACGGCUACACCAAAAUGGAGGCUCAGCUGAAUCAGCAAACAAAGGUGGAGAAGAAACGUAUCGCCGAACUACGCGAGUACAUUGCUUUUCACGAACGUCCGGGGGUGGACAGCUUAAACGGCAGCUUAAGUUCAAGCGAAUACAUAGCUGGCGGCGGCCGUAGCCGUAGCCGUCCCCGAACUCCCUCGGACCGCACUACGUCAGAGACCACGUUAUCGGAUGACUUGUUGGAGAGUUUCUGCUUGGACUCGGGAGUAGACUUUGAAACAAAGAAAUCAAAGCAUAAUCCAAUGUCCACAUCGAUGCAUCGUUCGUCCAGCCAUAGCCAUAACCAAGACUUUCAAAUGUAAUUUUUUAAAAGUAUAGUGUAUUCAUAGGUCGUUAGUUGGAACCAUUACAAAAUAUCAUCUCAUGUUCUGGAAAAUUUCUUAUGGGAUAAGAAAUAUACUCUUAAUAUACUGUGCAGGAACGCUGCGGGCGUAGUCGACCUGGCGUGACAUUCGAUUAGGAGCAAUAUUUAUGGUUCCAAGCCAAUUUUAGAAGCCUUUCUACCGAUAUCAGAUGCGGUACUUCACAAGGCCUACGCGUACUACUCUUUGUGACUCUCCAACGAGAUAGGUUUAUGGCGGGGGGGCGAAUGCGAGAUAGCUUUACUGCCCGAUUAAACAUCCAGCAACGUAAAUAAUAAUACGAGUAAUUCCGAAGUCCUAAUCAGAUAAUUGAGCGCUAAUUUUACAGUCCACAAUCUA